GCUUUACGUAAUUUCCUGUCAAGAUGGCUGCCAUCAGGAGCGGGUUAACUCCGGGUAGCUUAGCAAGAUGUUUCCUCAGACAGAGUGGACAACAGAGAGGCGGCAAUCAUCCUCUUCCUCACAUUUGCCACCGCUUGCCACAAAGGUCCCAUCUGCACACCGUGUUUGACUUCAACAGUGUGGCCGCCAGCACGUCACUACUGGGCCGCCGACGCCAUGGGAGGCUUCUUUGUGUGACGGCUGUGGCGGUCCGACACAGCAGCUCCCAGUUCCCAACUGAUGGCACAGGCCUGGCUGUUUCUGAGGGAGGCCCAGUUGUGGCGUCCCCCCCUACCUCCUUCCCAGCUGAAACCGCCCCUGUCCUUCCUCAAGCAAUACCUGAACAGAUCACGCUCCAACCUGUUUCCGUGGCCACGGCAGAUGACUUGGCCCCUUCCCCCAUCUUGGAUUCUGUUCAACCCACGCCGGUUUUGACACAGGCCACAUUAGAGUCUGCGAUUGAUUUGGCGCCGGCCGCUGUUGAGGUCCUGCAGGCUGUAAAUACAGAAGUCCGUCUAGCAGAGCUGGGACUGGCUGGCCACACUCCUGUGGGUUUGAUCCAGAACUUGUUGGAGUUCAUGCACAUGGAUCUGGGUCUACCCUGGUGGGGAGCCAUUGUUGUCGGAACAGUCGUGGCUCGUCUAAUCGUGUUUCCAGUCAUUGUGAAGGGCCAGCGGGAGGCGGCCAAACUGAACAAUGUCAUGCCAGAGAUGACCAAGCUCACUACCAGGAUGACAGAGGCCAAGCAAAGCGGAAACAAAUUUGAAUUCGCCAAAGCCUACACCGACCUGACCUUGUUCCAGAAGAAGCAUGACGUUAACCCCAUGCGUGGCUUCCUGGUUCCUCUGGUGCAGGCACCCAUCUUCAUCUCUUUCUUCAUCGCGCUGAGGAAGAUGUCCUACUUGCCGGUGCCCAGCAUGCAGACUGGAGGGAUGUUGUGGUUUAUGGAUCUGACGGCAGCAGAUCCCUUCUACAUCCUGCCCUUAGCCGUCACUGGAACCAUGUUCUUCAUUCUGGAGCUGGGUGCCGAGUCUGGUGUGGACAACCCCAACCUGCGCGCCAUGAAGACCGUGUUCCGGAUAAUGCCCUUCGUCAUUCUCCCACUCACCAUCAACUUCCCCACAGCUGUGUUCACCUACUGGCUGACCUCCAACUGCUUCUCCCUGGCUCAAGUGGCCCUGCUCAGACACCCGCUCAUCCGAGACAAGCUGAGGAUCCCCGAGCGUAUCAAACACCCGCCCUCGGCUCUGCCACAGAACGACGGCUUCUUUGCCAGUAUGAAGAAGGGAUGGAAGGACGCACAGUUGGCCCAGCAGCUGCAGGAGCGGGAAAGACGCAUCAAAAAUCACCUGGACCUUGCUGCCAAAGGUCCACUGAGACAGACUUUUACCCACAAUCCUCUGCAGCAAACUCCUGCAGUGGCCGCUAAAGACAAGAAAGCCUCAAGCAAGGAAAGGCCGUGGAAGGACUUCCUUGGAUAACCUGUGUACAUAUUUAAUGCUUGCCACUGCGAAAUUAAAAUGUAAACCUGUUUCAAAUCA